AUGACUUGUUUAUGGUUUAGUAUCUUUGCUGUUCAUUUCUUUGGCUUAACAUCUGCAUCAAUAACACAACCAGAGUAUGCUUUUUUGUUAGCUAAAUCACGAACUGACCUAAAAUCAAGAAGUGCGACAGUAUCCUCGGUUAUUGAUAUAUUACAAGAAUAUUCUCUACAAAUGAAUAAUACUCAUCAAUAUGGUUUACCUAAAUGUCAACAAUGCCAUCGUAUUGGGAUUAUUGGUGCAGGAGUAUCGGGAUUGUAUGCUGGUAUUUUAUUAGCAAAAUCUGGUCAUACUGUGGUUAUCUACGAAGCGAAUCAAAGAGCAGGUGGACGUGUUUAUACAUAUCGCGAUCCAGAUGAUCCUACACAAUUUGUUGGUGAAUUGGGCGCAAUGCGUUUUCCUCUUGAUGUUCAUCCUUAUUUAAAUUACAUGAUUCGAAAUCAAUAUCAACUGAAUAUCACUGAAUUUUCAUCAUACGAUCCAAAUACAAUUGCUUAUAUAAAUGGGAUUUCCGCAACAGUGAAAGGUGCAGAGGAUAAUCCAGAUUUAUUUGGAUUCAAAGUUAAUACAACAGAAAAAGGAAAAACACCGGAUCAAUUGUGGAACGAAGCUGUAGAGCCGCUGCUCAAUCUAUUUUAUAGUGAGGGUUGGAAUGCUGUUCGAACAAAAUGGGAUUCUCAGAGUAUCAUUACAUAUCUUAGAUCAGUUGGUCUAUCACGCGCUGCUGUUGAUUACAUAAGUUUAAUUUCAAAUUUUGAAACAAAUUUAUUUACAUCGCUUCUUGAAGCUCUGCGAGACAUGCUCGUACUUCAAGAUUCCACUCAGUUUUAUCGAAUACAAGGUGGAAGUGAUUUAUUAAUCACAGCGAUGAUCGAUGAAUGUAUGAAAAUCGAAGGAAACCGAUGUAGUUUAUUAUUAAAUACUAAAGUAACUCAAGUUCAAUUAUAUGCUGCGCAAACUGUACGAAUAACAUCUUCCAGUAAUACGGAUCUUUUCAAUUCAGUUAUUGUAGCUACGACAGCUACAGCUAGUCAAUUGAUUAAUUUUAAUACACGAUCAAAUUUCAUCGAUAAAUAUCGUUCAAUGCGUCAGUUACAUUAUGAUUGUUCCAGUAAAAUUCUUCUUUUUUUUAAUUCAUCCUGGUGGUUCAAUAAUGAAAAUAUAAAUGGUGGCCGAAGUGUAACCGAUCUUCCUAUUCGUUUUGUUUAUUAUCCACAAGAUUCGAAUGUUAAUGGUGGAGUGUUAGUUGGUUCAUAUACUUGGUCACAAGAUUCCUUAUUAUGGCAAUCACUUAGUGAUGAUGAUGCAAUUGAACUUGCUUUAAAAAAUCUUAUCGAACUUCAUCCAACAACUGGUAAUAAUAUACGUACAUUUUUUCGUGGAGGAAAAGUAAAACAUUGGUGUGAAGAUGAAUAUGCACGAGGUGCUUUUGCAUUAUUUACACCUCUACAAGAAACCGAUAUUUUUGAUGAUUUAAAAUUAUCUGUAUCAAAUAUUCAUUUUAUCGGUGAACAUACAAGUUCCGCACACGCUUGGGUUGAGGGUGCCAUUCUAUCUUCAUUGCGUUCAGCUCUUAUUAUCCAAAAGGAAACCUAUGAUGUUGUAAUUAUUGGUGGAGGACCAAUAGGGUUAGCGACAGCCGUUCGUUUAUCAUUAAAACAACCUACAUUAAGUAUUGCUAUUGUUGAACAAGGUUAUUUAUUAAAUUCCGAUGGAAGUUCAGGAACAUUUGAUCAACGACAAUUUCGACAAAUGUAUAAUGAAAUAUAUUUAGCUGAAUUAGCUAAUCUUUCUGUACCUCUCUGGCACGAGAUUGAACAACUGGCUAAUCUGUCUCGAGGUGCUAUUCUUAAUACCGAUGAAGGCUAUUUAUUCUACGGUGAUUUUAAUUCACCUGAAACAGUUGAAGGAGAUCUACCAUCUAUUCAAAGAACAUGUGAAUUACUUCAAAUGGGUUGUAUUUAUUUAAAUAGUACACAAUUACAAGCACGAUUUCCUUUUUUCAAAUUUGCUCCGCAUUAUCAAGGUCUACUACAUUCUCAAUCUGGUUAUAUUAAUGUAACAACUUUAAUUAACGCACUUUUACGAAUCAUAGAACAAAAUCCAAAAAUAACAAUUCGACAAAAUGAGCAAUUUCUUUCAAUAGAUAAGAUAAAUUAUACAGAUAUCGUAACCAGUCGUGGAUCAAUACAUGUAAAAAAGAAGAUACUAUUUGUACCUGGUCCUUUUGCCAAGAAUAUAGCUGAUCUACUUGAUUUUAAUCUCAAUGUUACUCUGUGGGAAAUGCCAUAUGUAAAUUUUCGAUUGCGACCAAAUGCGACACAAAUUCCAACAUGGUUUGCAUGGGGUGGAAAUGAUUAUUAUUCAUUAUUUUCUGGUUUUCCUAUUGAUCCCACAUCGGAGUAUAUAUCUAUCGUCGCUAGUUUUAUUCAGAAUUUGUCUGAACCUUUGUUAUACCCUUCACAACGAACGAAUGUUGCUAAUCCAUUUAUAAUUAAGAAAAUUAUUGAUUUUGUUGCACAAAAUUUAUCACAGGUUGAUUCAAAGGAUUAUUUUGUUAAAAAUCGAACAUGUUUAGCAACGUUUUUACCGGAUAAUGGUUUCCUACUUGACUAUGUACCCAAUACGAAUAGAAGAGUUUUAAUGCAAGCUGCCGGAUGGGGAAUGAAAUUUGUUCCUGUAUGGGCAGAUAUUCUUUCUGAUAUGAUAUUAUUAGAAUCAAAUGAUGCAUCACCUUAUGCGAAAUAUUUACCGUACUUUUCAUUAUCCCGACCUUAUCGACUUAUAACAAAUGCUAAUCAAGGAUCCGUUACUUCAUCCAGUGAAUCAAAUACAAAUUAUUCUGUUUUAUAUUAUUUGACACUUCUUAUUUUCUUAUUAAGAGACUAA